UGGCCUGUACCCUACCCCCAGCCUGCGAAGUGCGCUGGGGGAAGGCGGUGGUCGCUCGCUUCCCUCCUGCCCCCGGCCUGGCUUCGCGGCGGAGGCGGCGCCUCUCCCGUAGCCCAGACCCAGCUGGGCGGGCGCGCGGCGCAGGGCGGGCGAGGGCAGGCGGGGGUCGCCGCGCUCGGGCCCCAGGCGGCGACUGACGGCGGCAGCGGCGGCUCCAGGCGAGCGCGGUCCCCGCGUGCGCACAAGCUCACUCCGCCGCGCAGGGACCCACGGAUACCGGCAGCCGGCGGACACACGGACGCGGAGACCUGGGCUCGGCGCGCGCUGCUGAGCGCACACGCUCCCCGUCCUCGGGCGGCUCGGGGCGCGGACUCGCCGCUGCGCGCCCUCCGCGCGGAGUCUGCCCCGGGCCGACCCGCAGCCCGCGGCCCCGUGGCGAGGCCCCGCUGUGAGCAGCCUGUAGAUACCUGGGGCUGAACAGCAGCUGCUGUGAGUGAGAGGCGGGCAGCACUGGCCUGAGCCUCCUUCUGGGCUGAGAAGCAUCAUGGCCAGCGUCAUACAGGCCUCCCUGGCUGCCCUCCUGCUGCUGCCUAUGGCUACCGCCAUGCACUCUGACUGCAUCUUCAAGAAGGGACAAGCCAUGUGCCUGGAGAAGGUCCAGAGGGCCAACGAGCUGAUGGGCUUGAAUGACUCCUCCCCAGGCUGCCCUGGGAUGUGGGACAACAUCACAUGCUGGAAGCCUGCCCACGUGGGUGAGAUGGUCCUCGUCAGUUGCCCUGAGCUCUUCCGAAUCUUCAACCCAGACCAAGUCUGGGAGACGGAAACCAUCGGAGAGUUUGGAUUUGCUGACAGUAACUCCUUGGAUCUCUCAGACAUGAGGGUGGUGAGCCGGAACUGCACAGAGGAUGGAUGGUCGGAGCCGUUCCCUCAUUAUUUCGACGCUUGUGGGUUUGAUGAGUACGAGUCUGAGACCGGGGACCAGGAUUAUUACUACCUGUCGGUGAAGGCCCUGUACACAGUUGGCUACAGCACGUCCCUCGUCACCCUCACCACUGCUAUGGUCAUCCUGUGUCGUUUCCGGAAGCUGCACUGCACCCGUAACUUCAUCCACGUGAACCUCUUUGCGUCGUUCGUGCUGAGGGCCAUCUCCGUCUUCAUCAAAGACUGGGUCCUGUACGCUGAGCGGGACGGCAACCACUGCUUCAUCUCCACCGUGGAAUGCAAGGCUGUGCUGGUUUUCUUCCACUACUGUGUCGUAUCCAACUACUUCUGGCUGUUCGUUGAGGGCCUGUACCUGUUCACUCUGCUGGUGGACACCUUCUUCCCCGAGAGGAGAUAUUUCUACUGGUACAUCAUCAUUGGCUGGGGGACCCCCACUGUGUGUGUGUCCGUGUGGGCUGUGCUGAGGCUCUACUUCGAUGACACAGGCUGCUGGGAUAUGAAUGACAACACGGCUCUGUGGUGGGUCAUCAAAGCCCCUGUGGUUGGCUCCAUAAUGGUUAACUUUGUGCUCUUCGUCGGCAUCAUCGUCAUCCUCGUGCAGAAACUUCAGUCUCCAGACAUGGGAGGCAAUGAGUCCAGCAUCUACUUCAGCUGCGUGCAGAAAUGCUACUGCAGGCCACAGCGGGCUCAGCAGCACCCUUGCAAGAUGUCAGAACUGUCCACCAUUACUCUACGGCUCGCCCGGUCCACCCUGCUGCUCAUCCCACUAUUUGGAAUCCACUACACGGUCUUUGCUUUCUCCCCAGAGGACGUCAGCAAGAGGGAGAGACUUGUGUUUGAGCUGGGGCUGGGCUCCUUCCAGGGCUUUGUGGUGGCUGUUCUCUACUGUUUUCUGAAUGGGGAGGUGCAGGCGGAGAUCAAGCGGAAGUGGCGGAGCUGGAAGGUGAACCGCUAUUUCACCAUGGACUUCAAGCACCGGCACCCGUCCCUGGCCAGCAGCGGGGUGAACGGGGGCACGCAGCUCUCCAUCCUGAGCAAAAGCAGCUCCCAGAUCCGCAUGUCUGGCCUCCCAGCCGACAACCUGGCCACCUGAGCCCACCCCGCCCCCUCCUCUCCUCGGAACAGCGGCUGGGGCUCGGGUGGGUGGGCGCCGGCCCACGCGUGCUGGGCCUCUUCUCUCCCCUCGGGCCGGCCCUGGGCUGGGAGCCCAGCUCCCCGACGUGGGAGAAGGGUGCGGGGCACAGACGGGUAUUUCCCCUCCCCGUUUUGGCGCCGGCCCCGCCCGCCAUGGGCCCCUGGGCGUUGACCCCAGACAUGUAAAUACUCCUUAAUUUUGGGAAAGUCGUCCCAUCCCUCCCCCUCUACCUUGUGUCCCUGCUCACCUCAGGCAGGUCCCCAGCUCCACCCGACCCCGUCCCCGUCCCCACCAGCCUCAGUGAUCGCCUGACCCUGUGUGGGAGGCCUUGUGAGCUGAGGCUGGUCACCUUGCUUUGGCGGAUUCGGGGUGGGCCCUGCCUGACAGCCCCCCUGCAGUGUCUGACUCUUGGUAUGGACUCUUUGAGUCUACUCGCCACCCCGCGGCCCUUUUCAGGCCUGGCCCAGUCCCUGAGGCUGCCAGAGGUCCAGCUUGGAGUGCUUUCCGGUGCAGGCGAGACCCAUGCUCACCCAACAUCUUGGUAUCCAGGUGCCUAGUUGCUGGGUAUCAGACAGUGGGAAAGCUCCAGGGCUCUUCCAGUCAGAGACUUCAGUUUGGAUGUGGGGCUAAGGCCAGAGAAAGUUCUGGUGCUUUUCAUUUGGCCCAAGAAAAAUUGCCAGGAGCCAGAAAAGUGGAUGUGAUUGGAAUGGAGAUGGAAAGAGUUUGG